UUUAUUUUGGACAUUUAUCGGCGAUACGAAUAAAUGUACUAUUAUUGGAGUGUCUUCUGGAUAUACAUUUGAUACCAAACAAUGCCAGGGGGACGGAAACAUGGAAGUUCAGAUUACAAUCAUCUCCUCCCUAUGGGAAGUGAAAGCGAAGAUGAUGAUUUUGGAGACGAACAGAGAACAGAAACAGACAAAACAGGGCCAAAAAUUGAAGAUGCAGAGAUAGGACUUAUACACACCAAAUUAAAAAAUGGACACGGACAUGGAUAUAAUUUUCGACAGUCAACACGAAAACAAGAUCCCAUGUGUACACCUACAAGAGGUGCAGUCAUGCUAGCUCUGUCACUUUUGUUCUUUGGAGUUGGAUAUAUGGCUGGAUUCUUUACUCCAUAUUCGUUCAAACAAAAAUAUAUACCAAAGCAACUACUGCCUAAGCUGCCUUCAAUUGUAAAAGAGUCUAGACCCUGGCAUUUAAAGCUGUCAGAUUGGGGUUCAGAAUCCUGCAUCCGAUUAGUUGAUGUAGAUGGUGAUGGAUUACUUGAUGUCCUCACUGGUCUGGCUAUUGGUAAAGAUAUAACUGAAAUGGUUCUGGAAUCUACAAUGGAUCAAUUUUGUUCCAAACAUGGAAUGCAAACACCAUGUGCAGGGGCUGUGAUUGCGUUACGAGGUUAUGAUGGAAAAUUACUGUGGCAGACAAAAACAUAUUCAGAGAUUUUUGCAAUGAACUGUCAUGGCGUUGAUGUCAAUCAGGAUGGAUUAGAUGACUGUAUUGUUUCUGGACGACUGAAAGAUCUUAGAGCAAUUGACCCUAAAACAGGUAAAACUCUAUGGGUGUCUAACCCUGACAAUCUGAGAUUAGGUUGGAAUAUAUAUACAACAACCCCCAUACCUGAUAUGAACUUUGAUGGUAUCAAUGAAAUUGUAAUAUCACACGGAGGAGAUCCAAUUAUACCUGCUGAGACCCAUAAACGCCAUUCUGGACGAUUGAUUAUGAUAAACGGAGCAACAGGACAAAUAAUGGGUCGUUAUUUAGACAUGCCAGAGGAUAAGGAAAUGUAUAUAUCACCAGUUGUACACCAGCGCAGGGAUGGUUCAAUGUACAUAUUGUAUGGCAGUGGAGGGGAAACAGUUGGAGGUUUAUUCCUUGCUAUAUCUGUGCCAGACUUCUACAGAUAUGUAAACAAUCUAGACCAUAGUCACAAAGCACCAACCGUGGGAGGAAAGUAUAAACAGUGGGGAUAUAGGAAACCUAAUUUUAAAGGCGAAAUCGAACUGUACAGAUCAGAAGAAAAUGGUGUCAUGGUUCCACCAGUUCUUGUAGAUAUAAAUAAAGAUGGAGUGAAGGAUAUUCUUAUGUCGGCAUUUGACGGAACAAUGAUUCUUUUUGACGGAGAAACAUUGGAUGUUUUAUGGAAGAUUAAAUUUGAGGGCAAAGAAUCUUACAGUUCCCCUGCUCCGGGAUAUUUUAACGAUGAUGAUACACUAGAUUUUAUGUUACACUGGAGUGGAGGAGCCUGGCCUUACUACAAUAGCACUGAUGUGAUUGUCAUUGAUGGAAAGGAUGGUGUCGUAUUAUGGAAUACCACCAGUCACAGAUAUGAUGUGUCAUCAGAUCUGGUGGCUAGAACUAGUAGUUAUCACAGGGAUGUAUUUCUUUUCCGCAUGCAAGGUCGUAAAGGUGAUGGCGCAUUAAAUCAAGCAGCAAUUCAUGGAGCUACAGGAGCUCAAAGAGUUAUAAACAGACGUAGCUCAAAUCCAAAUGAACUGGAGGAAACAGUUGUGGAUGAUGAUAAUCUUGAAGCCCCAGGAGUUUUACUACCAGAAAGUCAUUUCACUCGAAGACGCCGAGCAGUCCCAAAGGACUUCAUCGAAUGCGAAUCUGAUCAGACUUUGAUGAUAACUGAAUUGUUUGCCAUGGACAGGACAGUGAUGAAGGCGCCGAUUAAAUUAUGGGAGAAAGGAUCAGAAAAACAUUAUUAUAAAUUAACAGACGAGGAUCGUAAGUCAGUACAAAAAGUUGUAAAAACGUUUGGGGAUAACCAUACACUGACAGAGUUGGAAGUUCCAUGGACAAGAGGAAAACGUCAGGCUCCUGGUGCAAUGUGUAUCAUGGUACAACCAGAUGAAAGGACAACGGGAGCUAUCGGAGAUGUGGACGGCGAUGGAAAGUUAGAUGUAAUUGUGAAUCUGAUAUCUGUUGGAAUAUUGCGUGACGAUUAUGCUCAUUUUGUCAAAAUGAAAUUUGAUGUAGACAUUUAUAAAUUCAGCUUAGAGGAUAUCAUAGGCAAUGAAAUGUACACACCACUUAAUGUGACAAUCCAUGAGAGAAUGAGGAAUUCUUUCAUUGAGAAGAAAAUAAACAACCUCAAAUUCCUGCCCCCAGAGAAACAAAUUUGGGGUGGCUAUAUGGGUACCCUUGGUAAUAGUGUAUAUGAACCAUAAAGUGUGAAUUGUUUUAUCAGCCAAACAGUAAAUAUAUUGUAUGAUUGUCUUGUGAUUAUAAUUAAACAAAUUGGGAGCAAAAA